AUGGCUCCAUCGCCACAACCCAAACCACAUGAUGCAGUUAUUGAUAAAAAUUAUGAAAUAGUGAGGAGACAGGGAGCGAAGGUAUUUGCCGGUACAACUGACCCUGCCGAAGCAGAGGAAUGGCUUAGAAACACGGAAAGGGUGUUGAACAGAAUCGAGUGUACUUCUGAGCAAAAGUUGAGGUAUGUAGUGUCCUUACUGGAGAAAGAUGCCUUAGAUUGGUGGGAAACAGUCCCAAGGAGCAGGAACCGACCAACCACUUUGACAUGGAAUGACUUUUUGAAAGAAUUUGCUGACAAAUAUACUCCACCAGUCUACAGAAAUCAGGAGGUGAGUACCGAUGAAUUGAAGAGAGAUAGGUUUGAAAGAGGAUUAAGACUCGAGAUUCGGGAGAAAAUAGCAAUUAAACCUCCGAGUUAUGGUGCUCUGCUGGAAGCGGCAUUGAGGGCAGAAGAGACAUCCAUUGAAAGGAGUUCUACUGAAGCUAAACGAAAUAAAAUGACAGAUAACUUGAAUCCUACACCAGGAGAAAGUAGUGCAGAUUCCUUUAGGGGUUCUGGUUCACAGAUGGGUUGGUUUAGAGGUCGAGGAGUGGGUCAGACUAUUAGGUCUCCUUUAGUGUUUUCGAGUAGAGGCGGCCCUACUUCGGUUGGAUUUGGAGGGAGACAAGGUCCAGCCAGAUCGUUCAGUGGAGGAUCUAUUCCUUCUUGUGCUAAUUGCGGUAGGAGACACAUUGGUGAAUGUUGGGGAGUCCGAACAAUUAUAUGUUAUAGUUGCCGUCAACUGGGACAUAUUGUCAGGGACUGUCCUACAUGGAGGGAUAAUUCUAGAGGACCUCAGAUUUCAGAGUUUAGCAAUAUGGGGGAAAACUCACAACGAACAGGUACGAGCAGAGGACGAGGUAGAGGGGGUCGAGGUAGAGGAGUUGAGAAUGAAAAUUAA